AUGGCUGCAACGCCCGUCGCCAACGCAACGUUUGCCCAGUCAGCAGAUGCAGCCCAGCUACCCGUGCCUGCGCCCAAGGCUGAGCUCUACGCCCGGCUCGAUCGCUUGAUUGCGCAGCUAUCUGCCCCCUUGCUCGAGGACCGUGUUGGAGCUCUACACAGCAUCACCUUCAAACUGGCAUGUGGUCUCCUUCUAGUCUCUGAUCUGGUUCACAAGGAAUCACUCCUGAAAGCGCUGCUGGAGUGGUUCAACUUUGAAGACGUCGCCGAGCACUCUGCCGUCUUGAACCUCAUCUUAAAGCUCGCCGAGCACCCGGCUUCUGCAGCCCUGCUCGUUGACCUAGGGGCCGUCGACUUUAUGCGUGAUCUUCACGACUACGACCCCAACAGCCUGGACAAUGAAGUCAUCGAGCAGAUUUCUCACGCCCUGCUCCUUCAGCCUCAGCAGUUGCGGCGCCAUAGCUCGACCAGUAGCGGCAGCCCCGCGAGUCAGUUGUUGCUGCCUCCCAACAUCCGCGUAACGCCAGCCACACCCCGACAUGCCUCGGCCCCCACAACUACUGCUCCGCAACCCGUACCUCCCAGAAGCGAUCUCGCAUCGUCUGAACAUGGAAUCGCCCGUGAACCCCCUGCUGCUGGGUCGCGUCGCGCGCCCCCCUCGCUCGGUGGAACACACAUCCCUCCGCCCCGCACCCACACCACUCCCGCAGCCCACGGGACAAGGUCGGAAGGCAUGCAAGAGGACGACCACAGCCUUAUCCGCUCUCUUCUGGUGGAUGAUGACCUGGCCAUUCUUGAUCUCGUGAUUCAGCGCCUGUCACAGGUGGAGACUCUGGUCCAAGCCUGCCAACUCAUUCAAGACGUUCUCGUGCUUGAUUUUCCUCCGACCCUGCUCCUCGUCUACCACCCUCUGAUGAUGCGUCUGCACCACCAGCUGCAAUCUGUGCAGCACCAGCCUGAGCUUGUCCAGCCCAUCCUACAGGCACUCUCUGCCAUUUUGACACAGGCCGGGGCCGCUAUGAUCAAAAGCGUUGAUCGUGCCUAUUUUCAGAUUCCGGUCCUGCCCACUGAAGACGUGCUUGUUCCCCUUGAAGCAAGCAUCAAUCUUUGUUUACAGUUGUUGUCACAAAGCACCGCGGCCGUUCAGGGGUCGGCCCUCGUCCUACUUCGCGCGUGUUGUGCUCUGCUUGCUUGGCCUGGUUGGCCGGUUCCGGCUCUCGCCUCGCUGGCCCAACCCAUGCUGGAUCAAGUGACCUCCACAUUGGGCCGCGCCUGCAUCGGACGCGCCUCGCUAACCGAGACGGCAUUCCAACAACACCUUGGUCUCUUACAUCAUUUUGCGGCCAGGGUCAUGUUGCCGCGGGCCGAACUACAGCCGUCCCCCCGCUCGAUCAUAAACCUGCAGAUUCUCUACUAUCACGAAAUUAUGCGCCAAUUGUUUCCCAGUACCGGCGCCGUCCUGCGCCAGCUGCUGCAACGCGCAGACGACACCGUGACGCAUGCCAAUCUCUCCCAGCUUGAUGCCACCCAUGCCGCAUUGCAUGCCGUCCACCACACCGUGGACGCCGGCGAGCUGCAACUUCCCUCCACACUCCAAGCCGCUGUCCCUUGCUUGUCCAGCAUUGGACCCGAGACCCUCCGUGCCUUUUUGGCUUUGGCUAUUCCACGUGCUGUUACUGCCAUGUCCAGUGAGGGCGUUCGCGGCGCAUGGGCUGCUGCCCUGACCCGUGUCUGCCGCCCCCAAACACAGCGCAUUGCAACCGUGGCACGCGAGAUUUUGGCAACACUCUGGCUGCGCCAUGCCAUCGGUACAGCCCAGUUCUUGAGAGGCCUCCUCGCCUGUCACACCAGCGAGCUCUUGGACAGCGUUCAAGAGAUUGCGCCCCUCACCCCUGAGAUGGAUUCCUCAACUGCCCCCCUAUGGCUGCUCUUGCUCUUUCAUCGAGCUGAGCCCGUGGCGGCGCUGGCUCAGCGCGCACUCGUGCACGUUCAUGCGCUGACGAGUGAACUGGAUGUUCGGGCGGAGCUUCGUCGCUUGGCCCAACCCCUGUCUCCAGAGACCCGAGCCAGUCACCACUGGCGCAGCGCUGCCAGCAACCUUUCGUUGGAGCGUUUGCAACAACUAGCUCGCAUAGUCGAGGACCCUCAUCUACAGAUGGCACAGAAGGCUGCUGCGCUGGACAUUAUGCGGAAACAUGCUCAAAGCUCGGUGCCAACUGCAGACUGCCAGCACGUUUUACUGCGAAGCGCAGAGGCUGCGCUGGCCCUUGGCGAGCUGGCUGAGGCUCGCGUCGACGCCGCUGUGCUUGAACCAGCGAUUGACAUCAUGGUGCUGCUCUUGCGCCAAGGCCGGAUUGAUGCGGCUGAAGCCCUUGUUGUUGACCAACAAGUACUCGGAGCAGCGCUUUGUGCUGGUGCUAGCCUUGACCUUUGCCAAAGUUUUCACGCCUACGUAACAGCGCGGAUGCUCCAACUUUGUGGUGGCCGCACUCCACCGAACUACCUGCUCAACGCGUUGCAUUUGAAUUGGACCGCAGCCUCCCCCGACUCAGCCACCCAAGAGGAGGAGGAAACGUUGGUGUUUGCCGAUGCUGUGGCGGUCAGCGACGCCUUUUGGCGUGCCAAGCAUGACGUAAACGAAUUUUGCCAUCUCAUAGCCGAGCCCGUGACGCACUGGGAAUCAGAUACUGUGGCCGUGCUGCGCCAAACCACAGAGGUGCUCGUGUACAUGGACGUGGCAGCGACUAUGCAAACGCGACUGGACGAGCUUGAAGAUGUGUUUGCACAUCACGGGCCCCUCACAGACGCGCGCCUGGCCGCUGUGCUGGACCACCUGGCACAGCUUUGUGCUCUGCUACCCGGCCUCGCCCGACCUCAGGGCCGUGCCGUUGCGACCCGACUGCUGGAUGCGUGCCUGCGCUGCUUGCAAAAGAGUGUGGAUCCUGGGAUGGCACCGCAAAAGGCUGACCACACGCUCUGCCUUGCCGCCACGCGCUGCCUCCGCCACCUGCAGUCAGCGGCAUCGCUAGUGCCCUUGGCAGACUGGGGGCGGCUGGUCCCGGCCCUCGAAGGCUGCCUGGCUUGGGUGUUUAUGCAGUCCAUCGGGGUCCCCGUGGAGGAGGCAGCCGUGCGAGAUCAACCUCUGCGACAAGUACAGCAGCUGGCCUUACUCUGCUGCCACGAUGUCCUGGCCCUGCUCCAUCGCCACGGUGCACCACACAUGCAGGCGGACCUCACCUGUGUCAACACCUUCCUGGACAUGCUGCAGGCCUUGCAACAGAAUCGUUUUGUUGAUCUUUCCCUCCUCACGCGUGCCUUGCAAGUGCUGGCUGUCUUCAUCACACACCGUGCGGCCGUGCGAAUGGCACCUGAACUGCUGCGCCGAUGCAUUGCUCACGUCGUGCCCGUCGUCAACAGUUUCAAGCGUGCCAAUGCCUCCUACGUCCACUUUGCCUUGGUGCAAGCUUGCUUUCGCUGUUUAAAUGAGUGGGCACCGGCCCUUCGACAGCUCUGGGCCCUGCACAGGCCUUUGGAUAGCGCUGCUGCGCAGUCGACCGAAUUGGACGACGAACCUGCUGUGCAGGGCCCGUCAUUCUUUGGCGAACAUUGGAUGUGGCGGGACGACAUUGCUUGGCUCCUUGAGCUGCUUGGUCACCCACUUGUGGACGUCCAAACCGAGGCGCUGCGCCUGUUGGGUCAACUUCAGCUUGAUACCGCCGCAGCUCGUUCUUUGGGCCGCGCUCGAUUGAGCAUUGGACAAACUGAACUGACGCCUCUCGAGUAUAUAUUACACUGUGCCGUUGGCGCAUCAUCGCCCAUGGUUCGCAUCGCUGGCCUUGAGAGCUUGGAGCUGGUCGGCGGCCAGGUGUUUGCCCCAGGCACGGACGUGACGGUUUUGGAGUGGCUUGAUCGCAACAACUUUUGGGCCCAUUGCUCCAGCUUGCUGGGGUCGGGCGCGCGCUUGCUCGACCGAGUGGAUGAGCUUGUUCCCUUGGUGGGACUGCUCGUCCAGGUCUGUCGCAGCCAGGAUCCAGAUGAGUUUUUGCCCCGGGUUCGCGCAGCCAACUGGUUGCGCGAAGCAGCUGUCUUGUUUGUGGAUGCGAGUCGCCACGCCGAACUCGGCGUGCAGCCCGGACGCAGCCGUUCCCGCUCGGAAUUUGCCACCACAACCAGCUUUGAGGCCGACACAUCGGCGCGACUCGGUCCAGAUGCACCCGUGUUGCGCUCGGGAUGGGCACAUGCUGGACUCACACUAAUCAUGCAACUAGUGGCAUUCUUUCAUGCCCUGCGCUUUGAACUGACAGCUGGUCCGCUGGUGCAGCUGGAUGCGCCUUUCCGGCAAGGCCUCUUGCACACGGCGCGGGUUCUCGCGCAGGCUGCGCAGCAGAAUGAAUGUGAGUGGGAAGGUGUGUCUGAACUUCCUCAACACACAACAGCCCUGACCUCAGAGGCUGAGUUUGACCCGGGGCUGGAGAUUGUUGCACUGGCCAUGAGCCUGGACCUGGGUCUGCAACUGGCGCAGCACGGCAACUUGGACGAGGACUUUGUCGGGCAAUUGGCUGAAACUGCUGUUGACGCCUUGCAGCUUUGUGCCACAAGCAGAGUGAAUGUUAGCUUGCUGCUGGGCAUUUGCCACGUUUUGGCCCACGAGCGCCUUCACCUGUCCGAAGCUACCCGUGCCCGUGCUUUGGAAGACGUCUGGGCUUUGGCGCGGCGUUUGUGGCAUGCCACCCGGGCGUUGACAAAUGCGAUGACUGGGCGCGCCGGUGAUGCAGAGCGAUUGCGCGCGGCCUGGCUAGCCUGUUUGGACGCGCUGGCAGCCCUCUUGGCACGUCAGCCGCUGCCGGCCAUGGCCUUGAUCGACCAUGUGGGAACUGCCACGUGCUGGCUCCGCGACAUGGUAAGCGAUCGGUUGGAUCGUGAAAAUGCAGCUGCCAGCACGCGCACGACCAAUUGGCCGGGAUUGACGGUGCUGCUUAUGGUGCUGGCACGUCUGGUGCGUGGCCUGCACGCCGACACAUGUGCCGCACCGGUGGGCCAACAGGUCAUGCUUGACCUGCUCGAUGCGCUUGCCAGUCUGCGGGGCGUAGUGCCGUGGCGGCAAACGAGCUCUUGGCGUGCAUGGCUCCGGCUGAUGGCCGCCGUCCUGGCCGUGGCGCCGCGCGGAGAACGGCCUGCUGUUGUGGAGCGCUACUUGCAGCCGUUGGCAUGCUGCGAGCCGGCCAGCCUACGCUCCUGGUGCUUUGCUCAGGGUGUGGUGGACUACAUCAAGUCCCUGGCACUGCCGCGCGCUUGGCGAACCCAUCAGACGGCACUGGCCGUCGCCUGCCUGGCGUGUUUGACGGAAUUGGCCAAGCACGCGGAUAGUCGUACCCGUCUAGCGCAACAGCGCUUGCUGGACGCUGUUCUGCCGGGACUGCAGAGCCGAGCCCCAAGUGCCGUCCACUGGACGGCCGCCUUCUUCUACAACUAUUGUCACCAAAGGGGUCUGGAAAGUCAGGCCUCCCGCGUAGUUGUGGGCUUGGUGCGCUGUGCACGCCACUUGCGCCAAGCUGCAUCAGCAACGGCAGUAGCCCACUCCACCACGCCGCCUGAUUUGACUCUAGUGGACGGCGCGCUGGCCAUUUUGACUCGCCUUUAUCGUACCACGCUUCGAUCUGCCUCGCUGCCCGCCGACAUUGAUGCUUAUCUUCACACUUUGGCAGCCUAA